UACUUUGGCCACAAACGAGAUCAGAACAUGCAGCUCGUCUGGCCGUUGCUUCUGCUAAUUGUGGGCGUCUGCCACGCCCAUCCCACCAAUGGUUUCGAUGAAGUGCACGAUGAUAGCGAGAGGGAUGCCUGGAAUGCGGGUGUGUUCACGCCACAGCCACUGAAGGCGGCGCCUUGGCAGGUGGAUGCCACAACGACAGCGAUGCCACCGCCAACUGAUGGACUCCAGAUACCUGGCGUGGGUGUGCUCCACGGAUUGCAAGGAUUCAAGGUGAUCAAAAACCGACGCAUUGAUGCCUAUCUGGGCGUGCGGUACGCUCAAGUGGGCGGCGGCUUGGGACGCUUCCAGCAGGCGACUCCUGUGCCUUAUCAGGCUCAAAUCGAUGCCACACGGUCAAGUUCGAAUUGUGCGCAGUUUCCCGAGCUGCAGCGUCUGCAGGAGGCGGAGGCACGUGGCGAGAAUGUCGACGAUUGCCUCACAUUGAAUAUCUAUGCUCCAUCUGGAGCGAAUCAGCUGCCCGUCUUAGUUUUUGUCCACGGCGAGAUGCUGUUCGACGGUGGCGCCGAGGAGGCACAACCCGACUAUGUCCUGGAGCACGAUGUGAUCCUGGUCUCCAUUAACUAUCGAUUGGCGCCCUUUGGCUUCCUCAGUGCUCUGAGCAACGAGCUGCCUGGCAAUGUUGCUUUGGCCGAUCUGCAAUUGGCCCUGGAAUGGUUGCAACGCAACAUUCGUUACUUUGGAGGCGCCUCGAAUCAGGUGACUUUAAUUGGACAGGCUGGUGGUGCGACCUUAGCUCAUGCUCUCAGCCUGAGUCCACGCACACAGCAUUUGUUCCAGCAGCUCAUCCUGCAGUCGGGCACCGCCUUGAAUCCUUACCUCAUCGAUGAGUCGCCACUCGCGACACUUGCCACAUUUGCCCAGCUCGCCCAUUGCCCUCUUCCCGCCCGUAGUCUGGUACUAUUUUACCAGUGUCUCAGUCGGAUGCGCACCUCUCAACUGGUCAGCGUGUUUGAGCAACUGCAUCAACAGAACGAACCACGUGGUCUUCCUGCCCUGGGUGCCUUCAAGUUAGUGGUCGGUGAUGCUCUUGGCCUCCUGCCCGAACAUCCUGCAGCUCUGGUGGCCAGCAGCAGCAAGAACAACAAGACGAAGCCAAUGAUUGUGGGCGCCACAAAGGAUGCAAGUGCUUUCAUUGUGUCACGUUUCUAUGAUCAGAUUGGUAAUUUGCAGACGCAGAACAUCAGCGACUAUAUCAAUGUGGUACUACGUCACACAGCUGCUCCACGGCACCACAAGAUGUGGCACGAUUUGGCGCUGCGUGAAAUCUUCACCCCCGACCAGAUGCGCAAUCCCAACGCCCAGAAGGUCAUCCAGGGAUUACUCGAGCUGAGCAAUCUCAUAUUGUAUCGCGGCCCAGUUAUUGAUUCAAUAAGGUUAUACCACAAGAAGAGUCCCACAUAUUUGUACACCUUCGCCUAUCGUGGAGAGCAUCAUCGAUUUGGACACCUGAACAAUCCCCUGCCAUUUGGUGUGGAUUCCUCACUAAGUGAUGACAGCGUCUAUCUGUUUCCCUAUCCGAAGGAGGCGAGCAAGUUAAACCCGGAAGAUAAAUCCCUGGCCCGUGCUCUAGUUACCAUGUGGGUGAACUUUGCCCAGAGUGGUAUUCCUAACCCGAAUUCAAAUGUCUGGCCCAGGGCAACUUCUGAGUAUGGUCCAUUCCUGCGCUUUACCAACUCCCCGCAGAACAUCUUGGAACUGGAUCAACACUUUGGAGAGGGCAUUUAUGUGCCCAAUCUCUAUCCGCAGUAUCUGAGUACUGCCAACACCGCCGCGGUCACCAGCACCACAACAACCACAACGAGGCGUCCUUUCUAUAAUUACAGACCGCCACAACAGCCCGAUUAUAGUCGGCCAGCAUAUAAUCCUUCGUGGCAGCAACAACAUGAGCUAGAGCAAAGAGAACAACAAUGGCGUCAAGAAGAAGAACAAAAACGAGAACAAAGAGAACGCUACGAACGAUUGCAACGAGAGCAAAUGCAGCGAGAACAAUUUGAGCGAGAGCAACGGCAACGAGAGCAGCAACAGCGAGAAGAAAUUGCGAGACGUCAGAAGGAAGAGCGAGAGCAACAAGAACGUGAGCAGGAACAGCGAGAAGAUGAAACUGGGCAACAGCAGGAACGAGAGCAACAACAACGAGAGCAACAACAGCGAGAGCAACAAGAACGAGAUCAAUGGCAUCGAGGCAUGCCAAAUGAAACGGAACAGCAACGAGAGCAGCGACUGCGUCAACAGCAUGAACGAGAGCAACAGGAGCGAUCUCAAGAAGAACGGGAGCAAGAGGCGAGAGAGCAACAGGAACGUGAGCAACAACAACGAGAGGAACUAGAACGAGAGCAACAAGAACGAGAUCAAUGGCAACGAGGCAUGCCAAGUGAAACGGAACAGCAACGAGAGCAGCGACUGCGUCAACAGCAUGAACGAGAGCAACAGGAGCGAUCUCAAGAAGAACGAGAGCAAGAGGCGAGAGAGCAACAGGAACGUGAGCAACAACAACGAGAGGAACUAGAACGAGAGCAACAAGAACGAGAGCAACAACCAAACCAACCUCCAGCCGAAGGUCCUGUUCAAGAACUCUUUCCAACGUACGAAGACUAUUUAAAAGCUUACAAUGAAUGGGUGAGGCAGGAGGAAAGCCGCUACAAUCCGCAGGCUAAUGUCAGCUCAGAGCAAAAUCCUCUAGAAGAAGACGCACCCAUUAAUAAUCCCUACGAACUGCCAAACAGCAACUAUCGCCAAUAUGCCGAAGCUCAAAUCAAUCCUCAGCGCAGACGUCAAAUUCUAGUUGAAGAUCCCAAUGUCAAUGGUCCUAAUCCACUUGCCUAUUGAAAUUAUGAAGCCUACUUGAAAGCUCUUACUGAGUGGAGACCGCCAGUAAUAUGGUAAAAUGUAAAAUUGUUUAAUAAAAAUGGCUUAAGGCAAUUGAUUAAUUA